AUGGAGAAAUCUCGCCUGCGCGUGAUUAUAUGGAAUGAAUUCAAACGCGGAAAUACUGCGGCAGAAACCUUCAGAAUCAUAAACGAAAAUGAGGGUAAGAAUGUUGUGAGUUAUUCUACGGUGACCAGAUGGUUCGCAAAGUUUCGUGUGGACGAUGAGAAGCUUGAAGACAAACCACGUGCAGGAAGACCCAGCAAACUUGACAAAGAUGCCCUGAGGCGCAAGAUUGAAGAUGACCCACAUAUUACAAUCCAGGAGUUAGAAGAGUUAAUAAACUGUGGAAAAAGUACCAUUGGUGAUCAUUUGAAGGCAAUGGGUAUGGUCAAAAAGUUGGACAAAUGGGUGCCUCACAGUUUGACUGAUCUGCAAAAAGCCAAGAGACGAUGUGCUUCCGAAAAGCUUCUGCAACGCUGCAAAAACGAAGAAUUCUUGGAUCGAAUUGUAACUAUUGACGAGAAGUGGAUCUCGUUUAACAAUACUAGAAGAUCUACAAGUUGGUGUAAGCGUGGAGAAGCUCCUAAGCACGUUCCGAAGCCAGAAUUGCACGAAAAGAAGCUUAUGGUGACUGUCUGGUGGUGUAGCUCUGGAGUGAUCCAGUACGAUUUCAUGAAACCUGGCCAAAGUAUUACGGCCGACACCUACUGUGCCCAGAUUGACAAACUGCGACACAAUCUUCCAACAAUGGUCAGAAGGAGGGUCCGAUCAUUCUGCAGGAUAACGCACGGCCCCAUGCUGCAAAGAAGACCGUGGCAAAAUUCAGGGAACUGGGAUACGAAGUCUUGGAGCACCCUCCUUAUUCUCCAGACUUGGCUCCAACGGACUUUCACCUUUUUAAACACUUGUCUUCGUUUCUUAAUGGAAGAAUCUUCAAAACUCCAGACGAUGCCAAGAAUGCCUUCAAGAACUUCAUCAACUCCAGAAACCCGGAAUUCUACAAUCGUGGAAUAA